CCGAUCAUGCAGAUGAGGCACAUGCCUCGCACACUUUGACACGACACAAAGGCGCGCGCACGCCGGGAGGGGGAGCUAGCGGGGCUGGGAGGGGCAAGGGAGGCGGAACGCAGAGAGAGAGAAGGAGAGGAGGGCUUGUCAGUGCCGCUGGAAUGUGUGCGUGCUAACGUGUGUAGAAACUUCCCCGGCCGUCCAGCCAAGCAGAAACACGAGGCGACCCUCGGUGUGGAGCUGUUCCCGCUCGGAGGAGAACUUUACAGGGACUCCAGCUUUGUGGAGGCUAUGUGUGGAGUCCAGCGUGCUGCCUGCCCUUUGUGCGUGUUUGUCAGUGUGCUUUGAAUACCCGGUGUCUUUGAAGGAGAAAUGCAGCCACCGAUGUGGCUAAGGUACCCGCUCACUUCGCUCGGCAGUGACGAGGAGCAGAGUUGCAGGAGGAGGAGGAGUGCAAGUCUCGACUAUCACGGAUAGGUCAGUAAACAAGCCUCUCCACAUCUGAUACACGUCUGUUGGUAAAGCUUUCACACCCCCAUGUAUGUGGUAACCUAACAGCAAUACAGGGUGCGGUGAGAGGCGACAAAGACCCUAACUUUAGUCAAGUUCGUCUCACUUACAAGAAAAUGCAGGCAGAGUUGCUGUGAUGAAGCUUGUGCCCCGAUGUGCUACCUCCAGCUUCACACCUGUUCCUGGUGAUGUGGAUAUACUGUGGCAUACAAUACCCAACACUAUGACAUCUCAAGUGUUGGACAGCAUCCUCGUCCAGUCACUGUAGAUUGCUGUUGAUAGACUGGACUCUACAGUAGCUGGUGAACCACUGUUUGUGAUAGAUGUGUGUGAAUAACCAGGGGUAUCCACAUCUUCGUGCUGGCUCUAGUUUUUCACUUGUGCAGGGGAAAAGUUGAUGACCAUACUUUACCUGCAGGAUUGACAUUUCACUUGCAUGCUAAAUGUAUGAAGUGAACUCCAGUAACAAGUGACAUUUAAAGGAAGUGGUUUCUUUUCUUUUCAUACCUUUAAACUGUAGGUGCCCUGUCAGUGCUGAUCUACACGUGUGGAUUUGUGUUGUAUCUGGCAAAAAUAGAGCCAUUAGUAAGAAUCUGCAACAGCAAGACACAGCUGACUUGAUGUUAAACACAGUAUGUGACUGCAGUGUUCUUUAAAUCAUCUUGUAAACCAUUCAGAAUGCUGGAUGCUUCCUGGAAAUACUUUAGGGAGUGUGUUAAACGUGGCGAGGACAUAAUGACCUACUCAGGAGAGUAUUAGGCAGCAUGGAAAGAGAGAAGCGGAGUUCAGGUGUGACCCAGGUGAGAACCAGAAAGAUGGACCAGAGACGUCAGCAGGGAUGUGGGGGAAAGCGGCUGUGGAUCUUCUUGGUGCUUGGUGCAGUGUUGGUGGUGCUGGGGCUAGUGGUAGGGGGAUCUACCUCAACAUUCACUCUCUGACCUCCAGUUUGCAACAUGCUGAGAUUGUGCCAACCUAUGUACCUGUUGGAGCGGUGCUGAUAGUGGGUCUUCUUGUUUUUCUGCUUUUCUGGAAACGAGUGCAUCUCUUGGUGUUUUUGACAUCAGUAAUCAGUGCCGGAGUAGCCAUUCUUUGUGGUGGUGCUGCAGUUCUUACAGGGACACAUAUCAUUCAGCCCAUGCUGCACUUCGUCCAGUGCUCCAUGUAUGAGGCGCAGAGUGAAUGCCACUGCUUGUCUCCAUACAGCCGACAGCAGCUGUCACUGGAGUAUUCUGACAAAGCUUUGGCAAAAUAUGUCUAUGUGGGCGUGGCAAGCUGCAGCGCAGUGGAGGGGCAACUUCUACAGAUGCUGUAUGGAUUAUGUGUUGUAUACAUUGUUACCUUCCUUGUGUGCAUUGCUGUGGCCGUGCUGGCACUGCUUGCCUACCACACAGAGAGACUAUACAGAAGAACUUUAGAGGAGGAGUCUUAUGAAGAGAUAUUCACUGUUAGCAAUUCAUCUACUCCACCCAACACAGAAGCAGAAAAUGAGCAUCUGAAUAUGAUUCGGCCAUCAGCUGAUGAAGGAGAGACAACACCAACAGACAUUAUUUAUAGUCCAUCUGAUGUUCCUGUUGACUAUAAUGAGGCAUGCAGAAUGCGGCGCAGUCACAGUUUCAGUCAACCACGACGGCAAAAUCAGAGCUUUGACAGUCUCGAGUCAGGUGCUGUGUAUGGCUGCUCUACACUGGGUCGCAGGGGGAGUUCUAGAAGAAAUGAAGGACAAGGGCGACUGAAAGAGCAUCGCCAGCGAGCCCGCAGGGCAGUCACACUCCACAAUUUGGAUACUCAGCAGCUUAUGCUCAUUCUCAGUCUGCAGAUGCGGUACCUGCAAGAAAACAGUUCCCAGUGUCAGGCACAGAUGAACACAAAGAAACUGGAGAUGCAGAACAGACGCUCCUUGACCCCUGAACCUCAGAGUAUCAAGCAGAAAAAUGCUUUGCUAGAUAAGGAUCUCAAUUCUGCAAAAAUUAUCCGAUCCCACACCCCAGCCGUAUCAGGUCCGGAAAGCACCAACCCCUAAACCAGCGGAACAGAAUAAUUUUUAUGAAAAUGCCCAUGGAUUAGGGUCUCCUUUGGAUUAUGAAAAUGUGGACAGUUGUGUCAGCGCUGCUCAAAUGACAGGUUUGCUGCGCAGUGCUGCUGUUGGGGGUGCUCUUGGCAAUCAGCGUGGACUAGUGACUCUAGCACAGGAUGGACCCAGUGCACAAGGAAAGCCUAACAGCAGACUUCACACUGGUGAGGUGGUAUGUGGUACUGGUGUAAAUGGUACUCUAAGUGAUGGUAGUAAAUCUUUAGGCAGCGCAAAGGCAUCAACACGAGCAAACAGUUAUGAAGAUAUAGACAAUGUAUCCGCAAGAGGGAUUAAUCUUCCUUCAACAGCUCUAAGGCAUCCUAUCUAUGAGAACCAGCAUGAAACUAAAGUAACUUCUGCUUCAGGGGUGAAGCCACAUGUGACUGGCAGCCACAGGAAGAGAUGGCCUAAACCUAACCCCAGCAAUACGACAUCAUCUAGUGAGUGCUCUGACCAGGAGCAUCCCACAAGACCAAAGAGUUACAUUAGUGCUGUGGAAGGUACAAAACCUGCCUAUUGCCAUGAUGAAUGUCAAAGUGCAAUUGGCAGGCCAGGCAGAGACUUGCAGCAUGCACCGUACAGUGCAGCACAAGCUGUAGGAAUGAUAUUGCCAAGAUCAUUGCCAAGCCCAUCUGUUUCCACUGUGUCAUCCUCACCAGCUUUUGGGUCGGGGAAAAACCUGCACAAUGGUUCACAUGUUGGUGUUGAUGACAUGCAGCUGGAUAUAUAUGCACGACCCAACAAAAAGGGGAAAGGUAUGAUGCCCCGGCGUGGGUUGACACCACAGUUAACCAGUUCAGGUUACACCUGCUCCACAGAUGACAGCAGCAGGAAAUCUGCUUUUCAUAAAGUUUCCAGAGUUUCAUCUUUGCCUUCUUCUGAUGCUGCCUGUGACACAGAUCUUGAUGACCUAGAAACUGCAGUUGUUCAAAGACCAAAGCGUGUCUCUUCUAAGCCUUUACCACCAUAUUCACCUCCACCAUCGUAUGAAUGUCUGGCUCACUCUCGGAACAGUUCCCUUCAUUCCAUUGCAAGCAGCUCCUCACACACAACUGAUGAGGGUGAUUUCUACCGACAGAUCACAAAGACAAAGGGUCCAGCUAGAAAUGCUUUGACUCCUUCUCAUGGUGGUAGCAGCCAUGGAUUAGAGCCUGGAAAUUCCAGGAGACAUCUCAACCGUCAUGGAAACACACAGAGUGCCACUCAGUCAGGAAGUCCAAGCUACUUGAGAAGCCAGAAUGGUUAUGCUUGUCAUCAAUUCCAGGAUUUUCAGUUUAACCAUCAGGGUGACCAAGUAGAAAUUCAUUCCUUUCCUUUCAGGAAAAACCAUCACCAGCAAACCUCAUAUGAUUACUGUCAGGGACAGGUUCCAGUUGUUAAGGGACCACCUUCACUUCAGUCAUACGAAAAUCUAGAUGAUGUUUUUGAAGACCCUAAUGUGGAACAGCAGGUAUUGUUGAGUGAUAGAUCAAAUGGAAGCAGAGGUAUAUCAGAAUGCCAAAUGACUUCUGGUAGUCAAAGGAUGGAUGUGAUGCAUGGUAAAAGGAGUUGCCACAAGGCUCAGUAUGAAGGAAUAAUGCAUCUUUCAAGUAAUGAUGACAGUGACUCGGAGGUCAUGGAAACUGUCAUUUAAUCAUGCCACUCUUAUGAUAAACAUUAGUUUGAUUUGUUUCUAAAAACUGAAUUAAAGGAUUAUUUUGGACAAAUUUGCUUUAGAAAUCAUCAGUAUAAGCAGCUGGUUAUCCAGUAAUGGUUUUAAGAAAACAAGUCAGUGGUGCAUUAUAUUUUGCUUUUUUUUUUAGUUUUUAAGUGCAGAGAGUUCUAGUUAACUGUUUAUAUUGUGUUGCAUUAAAAACUAAAAGCUGCGAUUUUGUCAUCCCCUGAGUAUAUAUAUAUAUGAGAGAUAUACAAAUUGUGUUUUUAUAAAAUGAAGUGCCUCUGACUUUCUAAAAAGACAAUCAUGAGAAUUACACUAAUUUUCUUAUAUUCUGCGUGUAGUAGAUGAUCCAUUUUACUUCAGAAGGACAAAAGGAAAUUAUUUUACUGUAUCUUCUAAAUGCUUUACUUUUGUAUAAAUUGUACAUAUAUAUAUAGAUGCUUUAUGAAUUGUUCUCAAAAUGCAAAAAAAAAAAACAUUUGUUCAUUUGAAAAAUAUUAGUUUGUGAAUAUUGAAAUUGUGAUAAAAACAGCUAAACUCCUAACGAAAAAAUAACAAAUAAAAUUAAUCAUUUAUACAUGAAGACCUUUAACCAGGGUAGACCUAAUAAUAUGGCUUGGAAGUGUAUGAUGACAAUUAAGAUAUGACCAUUUAACACAAACAAUUGACUGUUUGUCAUCAAUGGUUUAGAAUCUCAGAUAAGUAGAGUAUGGGAUUUUCUUUACGGGCAUUUAUAUUAAUGAAAACUACUGUAUUGGUUCAUCAAUGGGAUAAACAUCGCUUCGUUGGCAGCUUCUGAGAAGAGGAAAUGCAAUUGUCCUGAUCUUAAUGGAGCACCUACCAUCUCCUUAUUUUGUACUGAUAGCUCUACUCCACUGUUUAAUAAUCGUUAACUUUUAAAAUGUAAUUUUAAGUCCAGCAAUCUGUCAUAUAUGCAUGUUAUUUUCCCUUAUCUUAUACUUAGCUGUUCUCUAGGGAUUCAAAGUUUACCUAGAACUAUAACAGAAAACUCCUCUGGUCCUAUAACAAACAGUGCCUGAUUUAAGGAAGAUAAUAUGUAAUGGAAGGUUAGGCCUUUCCCAUGGAGUGCUCUAGUGUAGACUCAUUAAACCACUAAGAAGUACACUGCACCCCACUACCUGCCUACUUAAGUCCAUUAAACCGCAGGACCUUUUCCUUUUUUAAACUCUUUAGCAAUAACUCAUUUUUAUGUAGAAUCGUCGUAUCAAACCAUCGUGCAAUGUACUAAUUAGACAAAAACCAGUUGAGUUCACUAAUGGAAUAUGAAUGAGCUGGAAGAAAAACCCACAAGUGUUUUUGGAGAAACAUUAAAGAUCCAAAAGAGAACCCUCACCUGCUGAAUCAUCAGUCUUAUGCUGGAUAGACUUGUGUAAGGAAUGUUGAACUUAUUUUUCCCACCUCUAAAAUACAAGGUUACUUUGAUUAAGUAAUUAUCACUGAUUCUUUUCAAUCCUCACAUUGUAUGUGUACAAUUUAAAUAGAGGUAAAAAAUAUUAGUUGAAAGUUUACCUAUGUAUUAAUAGAGCUGGAUUUGAUAGUAGAUGCUGCAUCAUGCUUGGAAAACUGUUGUAGUCAUGUGGCCAAAAACUAGCUUUUGCCUUUAUAGAUCUAACUCUUAAUAAAGUUUCAAGACAAGUGACUUCAUUUGUUUGUGACCAUAGUCUUGGUGAAAAGCAGCUGAUUGUAUUGCAUAGCCUGAUGAUCUUGUGUGAGAUAAUUGGUAAUAGGAUGAUGGCACUCCAUUGUUAACUAAAUGAAAUUUGAAUUUAGGAAAUGACAGUUGAGUAGGUCUCAUUGGUUACAGCAUGAGGGUGAAUUCACUUGUCUGGCUACAAGUUCAUGAGUGAUGUUGGCAUUCAUGCUGCUUUUUGUAUGCUUGAUGUGAAAAUUAGUGCAUUGCGUUUGGUCUUUAUGUAUGGUAGACAUUGAAAAUUGGAUUUAGCAAUAUCUCUGAUGUUUAUGGUGCCAUGACAAAGGUAAAGUUGAUAAAAUACAUUUUUGCUGACCAGUAUUAAAAUAAACAUGAUGCUUUAACAGAAAUCCAGUUUUGAGUAUUUGAUAUACAAAUCAACACUAGUAUUCUUACCAGAAUCAUUCUAUGUACAUUUCUAUUAUAUUUAGGGUAUUUUUUGUUACUUAACAUAUGUGGUGGUCAGAAAGUGAAAACUUUCUAAGAAUCUCCAGUUUAGAAUUUUUGUAGAGUGGGUUCGAUAUUUUUCCUAAACCAAAAAAUGUUGGUUGAUUAAUGAUGGCACUGCUUUUUUUUGUUUUUGUUGUAAACAGAUAAUUUCCUUUAAGAAUCUAAGUGGAAAUAUGAGAAAUAUAAAAAAAUUGAUGUCGAGAUCCAUUUUUAACAAAAGAGGAGAACUACUUUCGAAUGUUGGAGUGACUUUGGGGUUGAGUCCCAAAUCAACUUUGAAGCUUUUAAAAAUGAUUGUCACAAGAAUACUCAGGAGUGAUGAGCAUGAUAGUAUAUGCUCCUGCAGCAAUUUAAAAGUGGAAAUUAUUUUGUACUCCAUAAUACAGCUUAGUUGUAUUAUCUACAUGACUGUUGUGGUUGGUCUUGACUGCAAUGAUGAGACUAAAAGUUGCAGUACAUGUGAAUAACCAAGUCAAAUACUGGAGAUGUGUAUAUAUAUGUUGACCACAGAAAAUAGUUUACUGUUAAAUUGAUUAUUCUUACUGGUGCAGUGAGGAAGAAAUUGGGAUCAGCUGGUAGCAGAAUAGUUUUAGAAGCAGGACUGUUGAAUGGAGUUGACUUUUCAAUGUUAGCAGUUGCUUCCCUGGAUUAUGACUUGGCUUCAGCAGUCGCUGUUGUAUAAAAUCUGUUUUUCUUAAAUUGUGAAUGCCUGAUGUGUGAAGUGGCUACAAGGUGUAAAAGGAAUCAUUUAUGUAGAGUGGGAAAAUGGUUAAUCAUUUUGUUGUAUGUAUUAGAUGCUGCUGCUGAGAGAAACCUCAGUUUUCUGUUGUAAAGUUUCUUAACACACGAUAGAGCACUUGCACUAAAACACACAUAUUUUGAGCAGCAUAUUUUCAACUGUCACAUUGAUUAAAGAGACUCCUUUUCAUAGCCCAGGUAAUUUUUUUUAUUAAAUACCAUGCCAGCAACAUUUUGAACUGUCAGGUAUAAAGAACCUGUUGUGGAAGUAAAUUUGGAUUGGAUGUGUUAGUAAGCAGGAGAUUCCUAGCAUGUGUUUAACCAUGGAUAUACAAAUUGUAAUUUUUUUUAUGCAGUUUUUUUCAUUAUCUACUUUUUCACUGUCUUUAAUUCUUGUUAGCAAUAACUUGCGCAGAUCUCAUCAAACAAUGCAGUUUCUCACGAAUAUAACAGUAUCAUUCCAAAUAUAGCAUACCUACUGACCAGUACAAAUUUGUGCAGUUCUUGUUAGUUAGUUCUGUACAGUGAUUUUUGUAAUUUUCUGUUACCAGUAAAACAUUUGUACAUCUGA